AUGGUGGAAGGGCCGGGAUGCACUCUAAAUGGAGAGAAAAUUCGGGCGCGUGUGCUCCCAGGUCAGGCGGUGACGGACGUGCGAGGAAGCGCUCUGCAGAGCCUGGGGGGUCGCGCGCCGUCACACGCUGCAGCCUCUGCCCCGCUGUCCCCUUGGGCUGCUACACUGAAUAAUAAUAAAGAUUCCAGCCAGAAUUUCUUGAAAUUGUUAAAUGGAUAUGUUUACAGCGGAGUAGAAACUUUGGGAAAAGAGCUUUUUAUGUACUUUGGACCAAAAGCUUUACGGAUUCAUUUUGGAAUGAAAGGCUCAAUCAUGAUUAAUCCACUUGAGUAUAAAAACAGAAAUGGAAUUUCUCCUGUUUUUGAAAUACAGCUUUCUAAAGAUUUGAUUUGUUUCUUUGACUCAUCGGUAGAACUAAGAAACUCAAUGGAGAGCCAACAGAGAAUAAGAAUGAUGGGAGAAGUAGAUGUAUGUUCACCUAAAUUUAGUUUUUCAAGAGCAGAAAGUGAAGUUAAAAAGCAGAAAGGUCGCAUGCUAUGUGAUGUGUUAAUGGAUCAGAAAGUGUUGCCUGGGGUAGGGAACAUCAUCAGAAAUGAAGCUCUCUUUGACAGUGGUCUCCACCCAGCUGUUAAAGCUUGUCAGUUAACAGAUGAACAGACCCAUCACCUUGUGAAAAUGGUACGUGAUUUCAGCAUUCUCUUUUACAGGUGCCAUAAAGCAGGAUCUGCUAUCUCUAAACAUUAUAAGGUUUAUAAGCGUCCUAAUUGUGGUCAGUGCCACUGCAAAAUAACUGUGUGUCGCUUCGGAGAGAACAACAGAAUGACAUAUUUCUGUCCUCAGUGUCAGAAAGAAAAUCCUCAACAUGUUGACAUUUGCAAUUUACCAGCUAGAAAUACUAUAAUCAGUUGGAUAUCCAGCAAGGUGGACCAUCUUAUGGACACUGUGGCUCGGAGAUCUGAAGAAGAAUGGACGUGUGGAGUAUGUACACUAAUAAAUAAGCCAUCUUCUAAGGCAUGUGAUGCUUGCUUGACCUCAAGGCCUAUGGAUUCAGUGUUCAAGAGUGAAGAAAAUCUUAUUGACUUUAACAACUUAGUGAAAUUCCCUUGUAAUAGCUUCAGAAAACCAGAUAGAGAAGUGAAAAUCAACAGAAAAACUGCAUUCGGAACCACAACCCUUGUCUUGAGUGAUUUUAGCAAUAAAUCCAGUACUUUGGAAAGAAAAACAAGCCAAAGCCAGAUACCAGAGGGGGAAUUUUCCAACUCUCUUCCUACUAAUGUUUGUUUUAGUGAUACACAGCACCCCUCCAAAGAGAGAACAAACCGUCUACCUCAACUAUCUAGCAAAGUAAACAUAUCACCUGCAGUCUGCCCUGAGUCUAAAUUAUUCAGUCCAGCACAUAAAAAAUUGAAAACAACCCACUACUCAUCACCAGAUCUCAAAAGUUGCAACCCUGGAUUUUAUAAAAGUGAACUUCAAAUUAAAAUGACAGAUGGUCCUUGUACAUCAAAUUCCGGCAGUCCUCGCUGCAGUAAACACAACCGCCUCUGCCUUCUUCGAGUCGUGAGGAAAGAUGGCAAAAACAAGGGCAGGCAGUUUUAUGCUUGUCCCCUGCGUGGAGAAGCACAAUGUGGAUUCUUUCAAUGGGCAGAUUUGUCCUUUCCCUUUUGCAGCCAUGGCAAACGCUCCAUCAUGAGAACAGUGUUGAAGAUUGGACCUAAUAAUGGAAAGAACUUCUUUGUGUGUCCUCUUGCAAAGGAAAAACAGUGUAAUUUUUUCCAGUGGGAAGAAAAUGGGCAGGAAUAA